AAAAGUAAUACAUCCAUUCAUUCUCACCUUCAUUCUCAAGCAAAACAUAUACAACAUUUAUUCAAAAUUCAAUCUCAUCAUCUUCUACAUCUCCUCUUACAAUGGCACUUAGCAACAACAUCGUCGGAGCUAUAAACUUCGUGGCGAUGCUUCUUUCAAUCCCUAUCAUCGCCGCCGGUAUUUGGCUCUCUUCUCAGUCCGAUAACUCUUGCUUGAAACUCCUCCAAUGGCCUGUGAUCUCCUUAGGUAUCUUAGUUUUGUUAGUAGCAUUAGCAGGAUUUAUCGGCGCAUUUUGGCGGAUACCUUGGCUACUUCUCUUCUACCUUAUAGCUAUGCUCAUAGUGAUAUUUCUCCUAGCAAGUUUAGUAAUAUUCAUCUAUGUAGUCACAAACAAUGGUGGUGGUCACACUGCACCUAACCGAGCUUAUUUAGAAUAUCACUUGGAUGACUAUUCGGGAUGGCUUCGACGAAGAGUUGAGAGCUCCUACAAAUGGAAUCGAAUCAAAGCAUGUCUAAGCUCAACAACAACUUGCUCGGUGUUGAAUCAAACUUAUCGUUCCGCUCAAGAUUUCUUCAUCGCACCUCUCACUCCCUUAGAGUCGGGAUGUUGUAAGCCACCGACGAAAUGCGGGUAUACAUUUGUGAACCCGACGUAUUGGAUUAGUCCUAUCGACCUCAGUGCCGAUCUUGAUUGCUUGCUAUGGAGCAAUGAACAGACAGUUUUAUGUUACUCAUGUUCUUCUUGCAAAGCUGGUCUACUUGCAAAUAUAAAGAGGGAAUGGAGAAGAGCAGACCUUAUCCUUGUUCUCACAUUGGUGGCUCUCAUUGUAGUCUAUGUGCUUGGUUUUUUGGCUUUCAGAAAUGCUAAGACUGAUGAACUCUUUAGGAAAUAUCAACAAGGUUAUACUACUUGAAAACAUAUAUAUUUGACUACAUGUAUUUUAUUUCUAUCUAUCUAUCAAUACUUUGUGAUCAAGAAAUUAAGAUUUGUGUUCUUUUGAGGGAAUAUUUGUUUAAUUUUUUUGGUGUGAUAUGAUAAUGAAGGUUAGGGUUUUUAGUGGGAAGGGAAUAAAGGAAAUAGAUCUCUUUAGGUUUUUUAUGGAUAUGUAUCAUGUGUACCU